UGAAGAUGAAAAGAUAGUGAGAAAGAGAUUUAGAAAAGAAAUGAAGAACCUAUUUGAAGUGAGUUGAACGGAGAAGGGAGGUGGAAAGCAAGGGAGUGCAAGAGCAGAGAGCAGGUGGGGUCAGCACGGAUUUAAACUCAUCCUCAGGGAUAACGGCACGUCAGAUGGGGUUAAUUACAUGAAAGGGGCUGGUCUUUUCUGCACCCUCGGCCACUGCCAAUCCAGCAGUCCAUUGAUCCACUUGCUGAGCCCUGGGAGGCCUGAGCUCUAAGAGGCACACGGCUUGACAGGGGCGAUAUGCACCGUAGGUAACGAAGAGUCCGUGGAAGUAAAUGAGAACGGGACGAAGUGAUGGAGAACAUCUCGGCCUUUGGGCCUGAGCUAUGCUCGGACGGCCGAAUUCUCGCCUGGACUGACACAACCUGGAUCUGACACGACCUGGAUCUGAAACAAUAGGGAUUUUAGCAUGAUUUGGACAUUUGGAGUUCUGUUAACACUUGACCUUGGGAUACUUCUUUGCUGUGUUCAGCGAAGUCAUUUAACAGCUUCAACUGAGUGCUGUUACAGAUGUGGAACUGACUGCAGCAUUGACGCUUACUGUGAGGAAUUGAAUUGAAGUUUGAGCCUGAAGGAAAGCAAGCUGCGUGGGACGGAUCAGACUGUUUCCCGACCUCCCUCGAUCUUCUACCCUUGAGUUUCCUUAGCACUCCCCUACCCCUCCCUCCCUUCCUCCCGCACGCCGAGUGAGCUCCCGCCGGCCCAAUGAUGAAGGAGGAGGGCCUGCUGAGUCGCCGUCGUUUCUCCACGUGCGGCGGUACAGCGUCGCUUCGACCACCACACCCAGACGGACGCAAACUCAUCCGCAAUGCCUCCUUCGGGGGCUAUAACGAGCUGUCACCCAUCUCGCUGCCAGGUUUCGAGAGAGGGAAGGAGGACCUCUUGCCUCUGCCUUUGAAAGAGGACUCACAUUCCAUAUCUAAGAGCAAGUCUGAAACAAAGCUGUACAAUGGCUCAGACAAGGAUGUGUCGACAUCCGGAGGAAAGCUCACCAAGAAAGAGUCCCUCAAGGUGCAGAAGAAAAACUACAGGGAAGAAAAGAAGAGGGCAACCAAAGAGCUGCUCAGCACCAUCACUGAUCCCUCUGUCAUCGUCAUGGCCGACUGGCUAAAGAUCCGUGGCACUCUGAAGAGCUGGACCAAGCUGUGGUGUGUGCUGAAACCAGGUGUCCUGCUCAUCUAUAAAACCCACAAAAAUGGCCAGUGGGUGGGAACGGUGCUGCUCAACGCCUGCGAGCUCAUCGAGAGGCCCUCUAAGAAGGACGGCUUCUGCUUCAAGCUCUUCCACCCGCUGGAGCAGUCCAUCUGGGCCGUGAAGGGUCCUAAAGGAGAAGCCGUUGGCUCCAUCACUCAGCCAUUACCCAGCAGCCACCUCAUCUGCCGUGCUGCCUCUGAGUCUGAUGGUCGAUGUUGGAUGGACGCCUUGGAGCUGGCCCUGAAGUGCUCCAGCCUGCUGAAGAGGACCAUGAUCCGCGAGGGGAAAGAGGACAUGAGCACAGUAGCCACUGGCGGAGAACACUCCAUAAAUUUCUACAGCCUCCUCAGAGCCCACAACAUCCAUGGUUUCCAGUUCAAUGACAGUGACCAUUUGAAAGACCCAGACCUGUACUCAGACAAGUCAGACCGGGAGGGUGAACAGGACCACGAGGAGUCGGACCCAGAAGGCCUGGAGAAGAGUGAGGAGAGCGACAGCGACACGUCAGAGCGUCAAGACGACUCGUACCUCGACAUGGACCCUAAUGAACAUCUGCGGGAAACCCCGUACCUGGAGCAGUCCCAUGAGGAACUUGGAGAGGCUGGCGAGGCUGCCCAGACAGAGACGGUAUCGGAGGAGAAUAAAUCUCUGAUCUGGACUCUGCUGAAGCAGGUGCGACCUGGCAUGGAUCUGUCCAAGGUGGUGCUGCCCACCUUCAUCCUGGAGCCGAGGUCCUUUCUGGACAAACUCUCUGAUUACUACUACCAUGCAGACUUCCUGUCAGAGGCUGCAAUCGAGGAGAACGCUUACAACCGGAUGAAGAAGGUGGUGAAGUGGUACAUCUCUGGAUUUUACAAAAAGCCAAAGGGGUUGAAGAAGCCUUAUAACCCCAUUAUUGGAGAGACGUACCGCUGCAUGUGGCUCCACCAGAAGACCAACAGCAAGACCUUCUACAUCGCAGAGCAGGUAUCCCAUCAUCCUCCUGUGUCAGCCUUCUAUGUCAGCAACAGGAAGGACGGAUUCUGCCUCAGUGGCAGCAUCCUCGCCAAGUCCAAGUUCUAUGGAAACUCUCUGUCGGCCAUAUUAGACGGGGAGGCUCGGCUCACUUUUCUCAACCGAGGAGAGGACUAUGUGAUGAACAUGCCCUAUGCUCACUGUAAAGGCAUCCUGUACGGCACCAUGACCCUGGAGCUGGGUGGUCAGGUCACCAUUGCCUGUGAGAAAACGGGCUACAGUGCUCAGCUGGAGUUCAAACUGAAGCAACAGCCAUUCCUGGGCAGCAGUGACAAUGUCAAUCAGGUCUCUGGAAAGAUCAAGCUGGGAAAAGAGGUGUUGGCUACGCUAGAAGGACACUGGGACAGUGAGAUCUUCAUCAAUGACAAGAAGACCGGGACGGUGGACACUUUCUGGAACCCGACACCAGAGCUGAGGCAGAGUCGACUGACCCGCUACACAGUCCCUCCAGAGGAGCAGGGGGAGUCUGAAUCAGAAAGACUGUGGCAGCACGUGACCCGGGCCAUCAACAACAAGGACCAGAUCGAGGCCACCAAUGAGAAGUUCAUCCUGGAGGAAGCCCAGCGGAAGUCUGCCCGCGAACGGAAAGCCAAAUGUGAGGAGUGGAUCUCGGCCCUGUUCGAGCAGGACCCCGUCACCGGAGAGUGGCAUUACAGAUAUGCAGACACGAGGCCAUGGGAUCCGCUCAACGACAUGAUCCAGUUUGAGAAAGACGGCUGUAUCCAGACCAAGGUCCGACACCGCACCCCUAUGGUACGUUCUGGCAGUCUUAUUAGUCUGAGUAACCAGGGGCCGCGGAGGGACAAUUGCAAAUGCCAGGUGACGGUGCCAAAGAGGAAACACAAGAGCGACAAGCCCAAGAGCCCAGAGAGUGGCUGCUCUUCACCCGAACCUGACCGCCAGGACUCGUCUGGCAGCGAACGACACAAAAGCAAGCAUAACAGUCGGCUGAGGAAAAAGGGAACAGACCUCAGUGAACUUCAAAGUGCCAUUGAAUCUAUAAAGCAGACGCAGGAGGACAUUAACAGGAGCAUCAGCGUGCUGCGGAGUCGUGCGGCAGGCCGCGUGGAAGGCGGCUCUUUCCUCCAACAGCGCGACUACGUCAUCAUUGUUUUCCUCAUCCUCCUUCAGGUCCUGAUCAACUAUGUCUUCAAGUAGCAGCCAUACCCCACGGAGAGGGUGAUGCCCCUUACACACACACACACACACACACACACGCACAUUAGGCGUCACAGUGGAGGACUUAAAGACGUGAACUUUCACCUCUCAAAAUAAGUGACUCCAACUCUCUUCUCCUCUGUCUGUAUUAAAUUCAACUACACACGUCCAGAAAAGUGGAGACUUCCACACAAAAAGACAAAAAGAGACUUUUUUUAAAACUUGUUUCUAUUUAACCGGUCCAUUCCAAAACUCUGGGGAGAUCCACAGAUUUCAAAGCGAAGAGGAGCAGCGACAAAGUGAAGUAGUUAGAGGUAAGAUUUUGGUGUGAUGAAGUCUCAACUGCCACUCUGCUGUUGCUUAUUGAUUUGCCUGGAUGUUAAAGGCAAAGCCAGCAGCCAUUUUUUAGCUGUUGUUGGUUUUAGUUUGUUUUCCGUUGGAGUUAAACUACUCUGUGAUUCACAUUUCACCUCAAACGACUGAGGACCUUUUAACCUGGAGACGAGUACCACAGCUCAGAUGGUAACAGAUUUAAAAGAAAAGAAAAAAAAAAGUUUGUUUUUUUAUCGUUUUGUUUCUUUGCGUGGUUUGUCCUUUGUGAAUAGGGGUGUGCUUGGACCAAAAAAGCGAUGAAAAGGGAGAGAAAAACAAAGUGGUCCAAUCUAUGUGACUUUUAUUUUUUUAUUAUCAGAUACUUUGAUAACGGCUGGGGU